CCGAGCCCAUUUGCUUAUGGGUAGGGUUUUAGGUUUCCCCCGACUCCGUUACAUAUACUGCUUCCUGGCUGUUGGUUUUUUGGCUGGCGGCUUCAUAUCUUCGAGCGAGAGAAAGAACAGGCGGAGAGUGACGAAAAGGGUUUUGCAGCAAUGGCACCGAGGAAGACUCCCGUCGUUUCCAGGAACCCGCAGCUCAUCAGGGGAGUUGGGAAGUACUCCAGGUCCAAGAUGUACCACAAGCGUGGUCUCUGGGCGAUCAAGGCCAAAAAUGGCGGCGUUUUCCCCAAGCACGAUCCUAAACCGAAGGCCGCCUCUACCGCGGAGAAGGUGUCGAAGUUUUACCCGGCCGACGAUAUCAAGGUGCCGCUUCCCAACAAGCGCAAGGCUAAACCCACCAAGCUCAGGGCUAGCAUUACUCCUGGGACUGUUCUGAUUAUCCUUGCUGGAAGGUUUAAGGGCAAGAGAGUUGUGUUCCUUAAGCAGCUAACUUCUGGGUUGCUUUUGGUCACUGGCCCAUUCAAGGUUAAUGGUGUCCCUCUCAGGCGUGUGAACCAGGCCUAUGUCGUUGGAACCUCUACCAAGGUUGAUAUCUCUGGUGUCAAUGUUGACAAGUUCGAUGACAAGUACUUUGCCAAGGCUGCGGAGAAGAAGAACAAGAAGGGAGAGGGAGAGUUCUUUGAGGCAGACAAAGAGGAGAAGAACGAGCUGCCUCAAGACAAGAAGGACGACCAGAAGACCGUUGAUGCAGCAUUGAUUAAAUCGAUUGAGGCAGUACCAGAUUUGAAGUCGUACUUGGCUGCCAGGUUCUCUUUGAAGGCUGGGAUGAAGCCUCAUGAGCUUGUGUUCUAAGCCAACGGUGUUUUAGAAUCUAUCUUUUGUUGUCAGCUGGAAUUUUGGUUCGAGACAUUUGUUCUGGAAAGGUUUGUACUUGAGAGUUUUGAUUGUGUGAUAGACGAGCUCCCUUUAAAUCAAACAAGAUAACUGGUUUUGCAAGGCACUCCACGUUUUAUUCAAUUCCUAUUUUCUGGUUCUACUUCAUCUUAGUUAGAUUUCGUAUGUAGUACUCAGUUAUUGCAAGUAUUAUGGACCAGCUCUAUCAAACUGUCGUGUUUUUUGAACGUUGACUAUUCAACAUAUCGAAGAAACCCUUUAAAACUUGUUGGUCUUUCGUUGA